AUGCCUUCUGUUCUAGACGUGGGUACCAAACCCGGUCUCGAGAUAUCGUCCUACGCAGGCUGCGUUCUAAUGGUCGAGCUAGCCUUGCGCUGCUUCGACCAUGGGCAACAACGUGACAGAACAGGUUUCUGGGACGAUUACUACGCCCUAGUCAAGAAGACUGAUGACCUCUUCGUUCUCCUCAAGCGUCAUCUCAACGCGACUUCCAUUCGUGAAGACCCCGUAGCCUUCAGCCUCUACAUGAAUUUGCGCGCGACUGAAAUCUUUUCUCAUGAAUCAGCUAUCACAAAGAUCGAGGAACAAGGACUACCGUCAUCGAUGAUAACCGAGAGCCAACGUCGCUCUAUCGCCGCAGCUUUCCAAAUAUGCAGCGCGGUAGGGCUUAAUCUGCCAUCGCCGCGCAAGGAAAGCAGCGAUAUCAUCAUGUUGCAAGCUAUCUUCAUUGCCUGGCCUUUGACUAUGGCACUAAAAGCAUUACACCGCGAACUCGUCAAUGGCGGGGGAAAGGCGACUGCCUGUGGUGUGGUCGCUUCAACGCGCUUGCUUUUCGCGGCUCUAGAUCACAUUGAAGAGUCGGAAGGUUACUGGCACCAAAGCGUAACGCAUCUUGGGGCUAAGCUGCAAGAAUGGGAAGAAAAGAACGGGUUGGAAUCGGUGGCUCUGUGA